CCUUCAAUUUCUGCUGUUUUAUUCAUGAAGACACGAUACUAAAAAUUUAGUGAAAAUUAAUGAAUGAACAUUUUAUAUAAUUUAGAAUCAUAGUUUUUGCAACAAUUACGCCUCUAAUUAUAUUAAAAAUUAAAACAAUUUUGUACGAUUAAUGGAAAAACCAAAAAAAGUAUCCUUAUCUAAAGAAAAAAAAAAAACAAGACAAAAAAAGUUGAUCGAAGCAAUGAAAAAGAAAAAAGAAUGUGAAAAAGAAGCUCUUGAAAUUGUUAUAAAGUUAAUUGAUGGCAACUUUAACUUAGAAAACAAUGAAUUAUUCACAAAAAUAGGUAAAAUAAAUGUUUGCCAUUAUGAAGACGUAGUGGAAGAACGAUUUAUAGUAAAAAAAUGUGGUUAUUUUAUGUGCCAACAACAAUUGACAUAUAUUCCAAAACAACAAUACCAGAUUUCAAUACUUCAUAAUAAAGUUUAUGAUAUUACCGAAAGGAAGAAAUUUUGUAGUGAUAUCUGUUAUAAGAGCUCUAAGUAUCUACAAAAUCAACUUUUAACUAGUCCACUGUGGUUGCGUGAAUCAGAAGUUAUACCCACAUUCAAAUUAUUAUCCAGCCAAAAAACCAUCAAGGCACAUCAAGAAAUUAGCAAAAACAAUAGUGAAGAACUUGAUGCAACUAGUACAAAAGAAACUAAUAGAGAGCAAGAACUUAUUGAUGAAAUGGGAAAAAUAAAAUUAAGUUAAUUCUCUUAUAUUUUUGAUCAAUAGUUUAUUUUAAAAAGGCUGAAAACAACUUAAUUUUAAUAAUUUAUUGUUUAAUAUACUUAUAACUUAUAAACAUAACAAAUAAAUUAGUAAUCAUUUACGCGACCCCAUCUCAUUCUUUCUUUCCUCAUUUCCAAUUUGAGCCAAGAUGGAAUACUCUUUUUGAAUGGUACAGCAUUUGGAUACUUGAGAGGUAAUGGAGAUUUUUCAAAUGGGUGUCUCUUUUUCAGUUUUCUAAGCAAAAAUUCUUUUGCAAUUUGUUUUUCAUCUCGAUAUUUAUCCAUAUAU